ACGUGCAUCUAAAUCCCGAAACGAAAAACAUCGGCAGAUGGCUCGAGAUCUAUGUUGAUGAUUAAUAAUCCCCACGAGUCUGAGAAAUUGAUGGUAGCCGAGCGGCGGAAAAGAAGCGGAGUAGCGACGGCGUGACGACGGCGGAGGCGUUCAGCAGUAAGUGCCGAGGGAGUACCGCGAGCGACGUGCGGCUCGGCGCCCGACCGGGAUCGCUCCGCGAUCGUUAAUCGAAUUUCGUCUUUCGUUUCGUCGUCUCGGCGUCGCGCGCGAGCGAGCGACCGAGCGAACGAGAGAGAGAGAGUGAGAGAGAGAGCGAGAGCGAGCGCGCGAGAAGGCCCCGUUCGUCCCCCGUGCGCGUCGGAGUGGCUCGGAAUAUGGCGUUUGUUUCGGUGCACGUUAUCGCACCGUCGCGGGACACCGCCGCCCGCCGCAGCUGAAUCCUCGGGGCCCCGGAUCUCCGCGCGAGGGGGGUAGGCGAUAAUAUAUCGCGCUCUCACGCCCCCCCUGUCGAUGUCCCCCCGUAGGAGGCACUCGCGGGGCACCCUCGUCGUGAGACCGAGCGAGCGAGCGCGCGGCGCGCGCGUGCAACAGCAGCAGCAGCAGCCUGAGCAGCCCGCCUCCGUCAUCGACGAGGCACGAGGAAAUUAGAUUGCGUCAUUAUCCGCCGUAUCAUAUACCCUGCGAUGCCGAAGAGGUACCACGAGACGAGCGCACAAUGACGUCCCGCAGUUACACCAAGUCCUACAGCCGCAAGGUCAGCAGUGUAACGCCCGGCAGCAUCCAGUUCGACAAGCUCUUCCGCGAGAACAGCAACCGGCCGUCCGCCGCCAAGUCCGCGGGCACCGUCGGCAAAUGGGGCAUCACGUCCUUCACGUCCAUCAGGAGCACGAACAUCAACGGGAGGAGAGAUGAUAUACAUACUUUCGGCGCGAAGAGAGUGAAACUCGAUUAUGGGAAUCAGAAUCGCGUGAAUCCCGGAAAGGAUCCGUUCUCCUUCGAGACCGAUCCGGACAACAAGUCGGACGCGUCCCCGGCGGUUGUCAAGCCGAAGAAGUUCUUCAAGAGCCGAAAUGUCCCGCCUGUGGUGGAAGAAUCUCGCCAGGAUGUGGCAAUUUACAGACAAGUACCUGAUUCGCAAUACGGGAGGGCCCGUGCUCCGAAGCAACCCCCGCAGCAGCAGCAGCCAGUGCAGAAGCAGCAGCAGCAGCAACAGCAGGCUGUAACGAAAACUCCAAUUAAGAAAGUAGUAGAAACUUUAGAUAGCACCGGUACGCCCGAUACCCCCAAUCGGGAGGAGAGCAAACCGCCGAUCGUCCUGAGAAUAUGCAAGGGUACGGCGCGAUUAGUUUGCGGGGACGUGCACCAGGACGCUCAGGAGUCGCCCGAGACCGACACCUACAGGAUCUCCACUCCCCUCGCUAGUCCCUCGAAGGUGGACAUCGAACGUAAGACGUUCAAUACGGAGACGACGCUCAAGUCCGAUCAUAGAUCCUUGCGCGCGCAUCAACCCGUCGUCUCCACGGUGUCGAUCCCGUUGGAGAAUUCGGACAUGCGUAGGACCACGCGUAGUCGCGCCAAGAAUCUGCACCUGGACACGACGGCGACGACCUCCGUCGUGGCGCCGCCGUCGACGACACCGGUCACCCCCAACUCGCACGGCUCCGGCCUCUCGCUGACGCUGCGAAAAUCGGUGACGGACUCCAAUAACACCCUUAUCUCCCAUUACGACAUCGUUAAGACUGACUGCAGCUCAACGUAUUCGUCCAAACCGACGAUCGAGCCGUUGAUCGGACGCGAUCAGCCACUGCCAACCACGACUCAAGAGCUGAUCGAUAUACUGUCGAGCGAUUCUGACGCGAGACCACCACCACCGCCGCCGCCAUCGCCGCCAGCACCAUCGCCACCGUCGCCGCAAGUAGCACCACCGGUAGCCUUAGCCGCCGGUAUCGACGACAAUGACAAUGACAAUGACAAUACGGAGAACGCGGAAGAGGCAACGCCGGAGAGCGUCGCGAACCAAAUUGAACAACAUUGCUCCAUAGAUAUCCCGAGCGAUGAAGCUGCGGUCGAGCCGGUCGUGGUCGCGCAGCAAGCCGAGGCUGAGCCGGAGGCAGAGCCUGAUCUCGAAUCGGAGCCGGAGCUACCUACACGCGGACCGACCGAGACCGUCGCCACGGUCGAGAUCGCGGCCAAGACCUUGGUCGAUCAGGAUUGGUUUUCAGGUAGUGACGACAGUGAGGGUGCCAGUGGGAACGCCGAGACUGAGAUCGCGCUGCACGUGACGAGCACGAUCUCGGAGUCGCAGACCUCGGACCCGCCGUCGACGAGCGUCUCGUCGACCAAGCCCGCCGCCGCCAAGAAAGGCAGUAUCUUCAAGAGCCGUUCGACCGGCGCGACGAACGGGAACAAGAGACGGGCGUUGUACAAGCACAAGUGGUGCGACAGCGACAAGGAGUCCACCGCUGCGGAUACGCCUAACACCGGCAACAGCACGCCGACCACCGCGUCCGGUUCCAGCAACGCCGGACCGGUGGCGUACGAGGAAGAGUUCGAGCCCUCGCAGUUGACGAGAGUCGUGACUUAUCCCGCGGCCGAUGCGGAUUUCGAGGACGAUGCCGACAUGGUCACGAGCGUUCGCUGCGGCAAAAAAGUUAAAGGGUUCUAUACUGUAGUAAAGAAUGUAAAGAAAGCUCAUCAGAUACAAGAAAGUGGAGAAUUCCAGGAGUUUAAUGACGAUGUGGAAUAUAUCUUGGACACUUUGAGAGAGAAUAAUCCGAAUGCUACUCGUUGCCUUUCAGCCAUACGAUUAGCAAGUAAAUGUAUGGCUCCUGCAUUUCGUAUGCACGUGCGUGCUCAUGGAACUGUUGCCAAGUUUUUUAAAGCUCUUCAUGAUGCAACUAAAGAUCAGAGUCUUGGUCUAUGCACAGCUACAGUAAUGUUUGUAUUAAGUCAAGAUCGUCUGGCUAUGGAUCUUGAUCGCGAUUGUUUGGAAUUAAUGUUAAGUCUAUUAGAAUCUGAUGCCAGCCAUAAGGAUGCUCUUGACGAUUGUGGUCUCAGUCAUGCUGAAUUACUGAAAAACAAAGAAAAAGUGCGUCAGUUAUGCGCUGAUAUACAAGCUCAAGGACACGCUAAGCAUCUAAAUCUAGAUAAUAUCACCGUUGGUCAGCUCGCUAUGGAGACACUCUUGAGUCUUACGUCAAAGCGCGCUGGAGAAUGGUUCAAAGAAGAAUUACGAGAAUUAGGUGGCUUGGAGCAUAUUGUAAAGACAAUUCGAGAAUGUCACCGUCAUAUUAACAGCCAGAAUGUUUUAAGCUCUGGCUGGACAGAUCCUUUAUUAGACAAAUUACGUAAAGUUGACAGAUGUUUACGCGUCUUAGAAAAUGUAACUCAUAUGAACGAAGAGAAUCAGGUGUAUUUAUUAAAGUACGGAGAAGGAAUAUUAGUAAGCACGUUAGCUAGUUUAUAUCAUCUAUGUGGACAAGAGAUUCCCGUUCAUCCAACAACAGAUCCAAGCGAUAAAAGUUCUACCGGUGCUGUUGUUAGAGAAUGUCUUUUUGCAAUUAUUAAAGUUCUCAUCAAUCUGACCCAUCGGUUCAACGGACAAUCCUUUGGUAGCAAAUCAGUUGGCGCACAAGUUGGCGUUUUGGACUGUAGCUUGUUUCUUUUAUUACGCGUGCCUGAAUCACUCCCGGAAGAAAAGCGGUUUGACAUGAUGAUGUUGGCAUUAAUCCUAUUGAUAAAUUUGGUGGAACAGUGUGACGAUAACAAGCAACUUCUCAUUGACUCCAAGGCACCUCCGUCGUCAGAAAAUAUUUUUGAUGCGGAGGAAAACGGCGUGGCGUCGUUGAUCGAUUUGUUUUACAAACAAGAGGAACUUGCGCGUGCCGAGGAACAGAAAACGGACGCGAUCCUGGACGGAAAGAAAGAUUCCGAGCAAACGGAAACGGUAUCGACCACUACUAAAUCUCAGGAAGAAUUUAUCGAAGAGACCGUUACAAAAUUAUUACAGAAAGCUGGACGACAUAUGGAGCAUACGUUGAUCGGAUCAUACGUAGUACUGUUACUUGGAUACUUAAUAAUGGACAACAAGGAGUACGAGUCGCUGGUACGAAGUAGACUACCGGACAAGAACUUCGCCACUAUGGUAUCUGUACUUCAAAAGUUCUUCAACUUCAUGAAUCUGACGGCAUCGAACGAAGUGAGUAGUUGCGGAAUCGCCGCUACCGAGAAGGUAAUCAAGUUCCUAAAGAUGUCGGACGCCAGAAUCGAGGAGGAGAAGAAUGAGUUACCAUUGCCAGCGUUAGAGGACACCAACACGAUGCUUGACUUAACUUCAUCUUGAUCGACAUGUUAUGCACACACCUGACAGCAUUUCUUUCAUCUGGCGUACACGAAGAGCCAAAGUUGUAUUUUUUUUUGUCCGACGAAAAAGAAAUUCUUUUUAUUUCAAUAUGGAUGGACUUGUUUCAUAUUCAUAUAUUUUGAUACAUAUUUAUUCACUUACGUAAUUUAUUGUUGUAGGUUCUCAUUAUUAUAUUAUUAUCGAUCCGAUUUAUUCCCUUAUUUGCAAUGUGGAAAGCUAGCUUGUAUUCUAGUUUUUAAGUCUGAAAUAUAGGAUAGCUUUGAAUUAUGUAUAGGGACACACAUCUUGUAAUUAUAAUUGCAGGGCACUUAUCGCAAUUGUAUCGUUUACUGACUACACGAUAUCACUAAUAAUUCGAAUUAACGAAGCAGCCACCUUUUUUUAAAACUUGAGAGACUGCCAAGAAGAAUUGAAUGACACACGAUGAACUUCUUGCCAGCCUAUACCUGAUUUACUUUCUGUAUACGAGAUCCGAGAUCUUAAACGUUGUACAAUCGAUUUUUAAAAUGAUGAAAAGUGUCUAAUACGUUUUAUAAAACCUAUUAAAUGAUCGACUAGCAUUAGUCACAUUGUACGUUGUGACCGGCUGAAAAUUCAACAUAGCAUUUUAUUUUCUCUUUCUUUUUUUUUUUAAAUGUGUGUAAGGUUCUUUUAAUAUUAAAAUUAUAUUAUGACAUAAGCCUUGUAAAUGUAAAUUUAUAAAUUAUAAUUGUAUCUUAUAUCCGCAGUUUCGAAUUAUUGGAUAAUCCCAUUUAGCGUUGAAUACAAACGUAAGACGGAUUACACGGUUUGACGCCAGGCGAAGAGUAUAUGAGAGAUAUUCACGCGUUCUAUACAAUAAAAUUUAAAAGGGACUAAAGGGAGCAGGACACGCACGUAAUACGUUGUUACAUUUGUAGUAAAAUCGUCUCGUUUAUGCGGGGCGUAUAUAUGAAGAAUCUAUGUAGAAUAAAAUACCUUUUUUAAAUAUACGUUUUAAAUAUGUUAUGGAUUA